AUGGAUAUGGAAGAACACGAUACACAACAAGAUGUCCAAUUCGCCACUUGUCCAUCACCAAAAGAGUUUGUAACACUUCACGGUUGGAUGCUUUCCCAACUGAGUCUAAAAAAUAUCGUUUCACCGGAUUUCUCUGCCGAACAGAAUUGCAAACAUGUUUUGAAUUACAUCGAACAUUUUCCUUGGGCUGCAGAAUCAACAGACGAAAAUGAGUAUAUGGAAAUGCCAGUAAUGGCUUGCCUUUCCCCAACGGAUUCUUCGUCGUCAUCGUCAGAUCUCCAACCAGCAGCAGUAGAGAGCGAUACCACUCACGUGGUGAAAACUCCAGCCGGAUUCGACAAGCGUCGAUUCAAGCUGUAUAAGGACAGCCAGUUUUCCUGCGAACCGUGCGGCAGACACUUCGGAACCAAGAGCAGCUACACUCAGCACCGCACCGCAUACCAUUCGGGACCUCUGGAAUACCGGUGUGGUCAAUGCGGAAAACGAUUCCACACGGAAGCUAAGCUAAAUACGCACGAGAAACUGCACACCAUGAAGGAAAAGCCUUACAAAUGCAAGGAAUGCCCGAGCCAAUUUUUCUAUAGCAAUGAUUUGAAAAGACACGAAUCGAAACGCCACGGUCAAGGAAAAGAGUAUGUUUGUAGCAUCUGUGGUCAGAAAUUUUCCAGGCCGGAUUUUUUGGCGCUGCAUGAGAUCAGGCAUACAAGGAAGACUGGAAAAUGA